AUGGCCGCCUAUCUCACCAAGCGUAUCACCCAUCCUCACCACGGCAUUCCCGUCUCGAGGCCCGAAACUCCAGCUCCGGCCAAGACAGAAAAGUGCAGCCAUCCCAUCCCCAAUGUUGCAGCCAAAGGCGUUCCCUUUUUCACCCCAGAGCAGGAUCCCCCUGCUGGUCUGGCCAUCAAACCCGACGAUGGAAGACCCGUGCCCAGGUUAUUCCAACCUCUCAAGAUCCGCGGCGUCACGAUGCAGAAUAGGAUCUGGGUGAGUCCCAUGUGUCAGUACUCGUGCCAUGAGGGCUUUAUGACGCCUUGGCACAUUACUCAUUACGGAGGCAUGGCUCAGCGUGGUCCUGGACUUAUGAUGCUGGAGGCCACUGCUGUGCAGGCCAAUGGUCGUAUCACACCAGAGGACGCUGGUAUCUGGCUCGACGCCCACGUCGACACACUCCGCAAAAACGUCGACUUUGCACACAGCCAAAACACCAACAUCGCCAUCCAACUCGCCCACGCAGGCCGCAAAGCCAGCUGUGUAGCCCCCUGGCUCAGCGCCGGCGCCACAGCAACAGAGGAAGUCAACGGCUGGCCCGACGACGUCGUAGGACCCAGCACUGAACCCUUCAACGAGCAUCACCCCACGCCUCGCAGCAUGAGCAUCCAAGAGAUUAACCAGCUCAAGAAAGAUUUCGUCAAAGCUGCGAACCGCGCUGUAACUGCUGGUUUUGAUGUGAUUGAGCUGCAUUUUGCGCAUGGGUAUUUGGUCAGUUCGUUUUUGACGCCGAGCGUCAAUAAGAGGACUGAUCAGUACGGCGGAAGUUUCGAGAAUAGAACUCGUCUUGCGCUGGAGUUGGUUGAGGAAGUAAGGGCUGUUAUUCCGGAGACUAUGCCGCUGUUUGUGCGGAUUAGUGCGACGGAUUGGCUGGAUACUAACUCUGAGUACAACGGCGAGAGCUGGACUGUUGAUCAGGCUGCCAGACUCACACAGCUUUUUGCAGAGCGCGGCGUCGAUGUGAUCGAUGUGUCAAGCGGUGGUAACCAUCCCAUGCAGAAAGUCCAAGGAGGACCAGGAUAUCAGGCCAAGUUUGCAAAGUAUAUCAAGAAAGAGGUCGGCGAUAAAAUUCUCGUCAGCACGGUUGGAAGUAUCAAGACGGGAACUUUGGCUGAGGAGAUUAUUUCUGGGGAAGAUGGUGUUCCGCUUGAUCUUGUCGCUGCGGGACGAAUGUUUCAGAAGAAUCCGGGACUUGUGUGGGCGUGGGCGGACGAUUUAGACAUUGAGAUUCAGCUUGCGCAUCAGAUUGGGUGGGGGUUUGGGGGGAGGGCGACGAAGAAGGGUGAUCAUGUCAAGAUGAGCAUUCCUUGA